AUGUUGAGCUAUUUUCGGCAUUUCACCGAACCCUUCUCGAACCGAUAUCGACAAUACUCCGUGCUGGCUACCAGUUCACCUCGAGGAAGCAUCAGCAACCAAGGCAGUGUCUCUGAUACACUGCCAACCCCGUCCAUAGCCGCUAAUCCGUUCCAGGCAUUCACUAAGAAAAGUGGUUUUCGUCGAAGAUCUAUGUCAUGGUACAUCAAAUUCUUGCUCCUGCUUUUCGCUCUCGCUUAUACAGUAUACACUGCUGUUCAAAGUCUCUUCUUCACGUCCACAGACGCGUCCGAAGAAGCUAGAAUAGAAGCACUUAACCUUCUCCAUCAGCAGCUCACUACAAGUUCACAAACUUUCUUCUCCAGCAGCAACGCACCUCAAACAGCAGCAACAUCCGUGCAUUACCCUUUCCGAGACAAAUCGCCAGGCGUCGCUUCGAGAGACGUGCUACCCAUUCGCGCGUACGACGCGCUCAGCGAUGCUUGUAUCGAAGAGUGGGUGGUUCAUCAUCGAUGGGGUGAUGUGUGUAGAGACACCGAUCUGAGGGAGGGGCUCAAGGUCGAUGCGGUUUGGGCUUGGGUUAACGGAAGUGAUCCUGCACAAGUGUUGGCCAGAAAUGCCUACAGACCGUCUUCGCCCAUCAAUGUUGACGCCACGCAUCGUUAUGCAGAUCACAACGAAUUGCUGUAUUCAAUGCGUUCGGCGUAUCAGUCGUUCGGUUCAAAGGCAAUCGGUAAGAUGCAUAUCAUGGCUUCGGCGUAUCCUCUGCCGGAAGAAGCGGUGAACAAGCUCGUACCCGGAGGCGUGGCUGCCAGCCUGGUGGUCGGUCAGGUGCCGUAUUGGCUCAACACUUCGGCAGCCAUUGGGACUGACGAGGCGAAGGUGGAGCUUCAUUACGACGCUGAGUACUUUCGUCCCAUGCAGCGCUCAGGAGAACGCGAGUGGACACCGCAAGACGUCGAGGUGUGGCGCUCAAAGACGCUGCCUAGUUUCAACAGCCUCGCCGUCGAGUCGCAACUCUUCAACCUUCCCCGUGCUUCCUCGGACCAGCUCGUCUACCUAAACGACGAUUUUUUCACCAUGGUACCCAACGAAGUGUCGGACCUCACUUCACCGCUAUUCGGCACGGUACUUAAGAGCGACACGCGCCUCUUCUCAUUUUACCGUCCUUCAGAACAUCCCUUUCAGCGACUGUGGAAUCCCGCGGGCGAAGAGGUGGGCAUUAAAAGGGCAGCAUGGAUCUUGGGACAGAGAUUCUCCAUGCGGACUUUGCCGUACAUCACUCAUCAUCCACGAAGCUUGUCGCUGCCCUUGCUCAAAGAGGCAGCGCAAACAUUUCCCGACUCGUUUUCUGAAACCACGCUGGCGAGGUUUCGAGCGCAAAAAGAGGUUCCCGACUCGAUUCAAGCAAUCUUUCUGGCUAGCUGGUAUAUUGUAGAACGACAUCGCGAGGCGCUAUUGUGGACGUGGGUGGUGGCAAAAUGGGGUAGUGCGGCAGGAGUCAUUUCGAGUAAAACGAAGCGGGCCAUGUGGGCUGAGCUCGGUGGAGCUACAGGAGGCGAGACAGGAGACAAAAUCGGCGUUGGACGACCAGUGCGCAGGUCAAGAGACGUCGAUUUCGAGGCUUUUGAGAAAGCUGGUGUGCCAGCACCCAAGAAUACGCAGUACUCGUUUUCGUCGCAGGACGGUCAUGCGCUUUCUUACCUCGAUUGGAGUUGGCCUUGGGAGCGAACUCGGAAUGGAUACCCUGAUCUCAGCGCUGAAAACGAGAGCGCUCGAGACCACGCACGUGCAUGGUGGGCUUCUACCGAAACACAGACGCGCAACGUCUGCGAGAUUUCUUUAUCCAAGUGCUUGUCGCCAAACGUCGAGGAUGAAAGUGCUGAUGCGGUGUUCAAACGCAUCGCAUUCUCUCAAUCGCCAUGUGGCGACUGUAUGCUCGCCGCUCUGCUCAACGCAUCUGGUCGGUCAGGAAUCUCGGCAUUCCUUCCGCCACCCACCUCAACAGUGCGCAUCCACCCAGACUCGACCAAUCGGAACUCGAAAGCACACUUGCCGCUAACCUCGCACUGGCAGCAGACAAACUUCUCGCUCACCUCCAUCCUUCCCUCUCACCCGCACGCGGUGGAGCUCUCGCUCCGAACCUGGUGCACCCGCCUCAUCCAGCGCUACCAGUACAUCUUAGGCUCAACCCCGUCCACGUUCUACAAGGUCGAAUAUGCCUCGCGCCUAUCUGACCAACUCAAGGCCGUAGACAACACGCUCACUACCACCACGCCGACUACCUUCGUUUGUCUCAACGACGACAUCAAAGAGUCCGCAUCCGCGACGCAAACGGUGAACGCUAUCAUGCAAAAGUGGUUCACCGCUCACUGGCCGUCCCAGCUCUCUGGUGAGAUAUUGGCGUAG